CAUACAUCGUCCAGGGUGUGUACGUUAUACGUAAUGUGUGUCGUCGUUAUUGUCAUCGUCGCCGCGCUAUAGGAUGCUAUAGGAUUCGUGACGAUCCGCCAUGCGGAGGGACCGCCACUCACCUUCCGGUCCUCUUGGGAAAAACGUCGGCGCCGCCUCCUCCGCUUCCUCUUGCGAAGAGUAAGCCAGGUUCCUUCCUCCUUCCGCUGAUCUCGUGAACCAUCUAUCGUCUUCCACUGCACACGCGCGCGUCCUCCACUGCGUUCUCCAGCGUUCUCCAUCUCGUUCACCGGAAGCCGCGAGCUAAGCAAUGUUCAGCUUGAGACCACAGAGUGCUACGACGCGACAGGAGAUUGAAAUGAUUAACAAAGCCCAACGGGCUAUAAACAACGCCACGGAUACCAUGGAGAAGUUACGUCUACUUUGCCUAGCUAGAGGUGCCAAUGGCAUUCUUGGUUUGGGUAGAGUAUUCCGUCGUAUGGACGAUGAUGGCAACAAGAAGUUAAAUUUUGAAGAGUUUAAAACGGGUUUAGAGGAGACCGGAUUGGAACUCUCUGAAGAUGAAAUCGAUGAAGUCUUUAAGAAAUUCGACACUAACGAGGACGCGAAUAUCAGCGUUGAAGAGUUUCUCGUUGGCAUAAGACCACCGUUGAAUCAAAGCCGCAGAAAUGUAGUAGAUCAAGCGUUCCAGAAAUUGGACAAGACCGGCGAUGGGCGGAUCACCAUCGACGAUCUACGAGGAAUUUACAAUGUGAAAUGUCAUCCGCGUUAUAUCAGCGGUGAGGAAAGCGAAGAGAGUAUCCUAAACAAGUUCCUCUCGAAUUUCGAGCACGGAGGCAACGAAGACGGUGUCGUAACGCAAGAGGAAUUUAUGAAUUAUUACAGCGUAAUUAGCGCGAGUAUAGACAACGACGCAUAUUUCGACUUAAUGAUGCGUAACGCUUAUAAGCUAUAACUCUCGAUCUCUUUAUUUGCAUUUCGCGAGACAACACGCCGGUCCUACAUCUGUCUAUUCCACUACGAUCGCAUCGACAACUGUAAAAAGUCACUAUUCUGCUAAACCAAUGUAUAAAUCAAUAUCGUUGUCACAUUACCAUGAAUGUUUGUCUCGUUAGACACGCACUUAUUCCGCUAAUUUUGCAGUCUAGCAAAAAGUAAUUUAGUAAAAGGUGUCAUUAUACUAAUUAAUCCAAUAUUAAUCAUGCAUGAAUCAUCGGAGUGACAAAUUAAAACCGGUAUACAUAUACAUAUACGUAACCUCGUUAACUGUUUAUUCACUGAAAUAUCCUCGGUCGAGAAGAAGAAAAAAAGUGUAUAUAGAAAUCCAUUUUAAGGGGCUUCUUAAAAAUUGAUAUACAACUCUACGUAAUUUUUUUCCCUUGUCGAGUUAUUUGGUUGUCAGACAGCUGCAAUAACUUGUCCAUUUCUAAACUAUGAAAAAUUGUACCACGAAUUUUCAGAAACAGAAGCGAGAGAUACGCGUACAACAAACCUUUUUUUCUUCUUCCUCGAUGUAUUAUUAACUAUUUGCGAAGAAAGUUGGUUAUAGGGUCCAAUUUUACAGCGCGAAUUGUGGUAAACGCGUCCUGCGCGUUUACGUUUUUUUUUUUUUAAAUUCCUCUUUGUAAUCCUAUGUUUAUUCUUCUGUGCAUGAAUAUAUAUGUAUACAUGCGAUUGUAAAACGGAUUGACUUUCUCCGCGCCUAAAUUUAACUUCCUACGAUUUGAUUCACGUACUUAUUUAAAGUACUCUAUUUAUUUGAUUU